ACAAGUCCAAUCCAACAACGCAUCAGUAAAAAGAAUUUCUGGAUGUUUCUUAUUCUGGUCCCAAUAACAGCUGCUACAGCCUUGGUGCUCUUCUGUUCUUGAGAUUCCAUCACUCAUUUCUUUUUAGGAAAAUCACUCAAAAAAGAUUUUCAUUUCUAAUUUACGCACACGUACGUACGUGCACCCAAUUAUAGCUAAAAUAGGGAAAAUUAAAAGAAGAAGAAAAAACUAAAACAAUGUAAGAAAGGACACACACAAAGACACAAUUGAAGCAGAGGAGAGAGAGAGAGAGAGAGAGAGAGAGAGAGAGAGAGCUAAAAUAGGGGAUUGAUUUGCUUGAGAAUCUGCCGGGAACCGACCAUUUAGAAUAGAGUAGGCAAAAACACAGAGAGAGAGAGAGAGAGAGAGAGAGAGAGAGAGAGAGAGAGAGAAAUGAAAAUGAAACUCUGGAAAAAGGCUGCCGGGCUUAUCAAAGACCGGAACAGCAUAUGGGUGGCCAGCAUCUCCAGACGGACCUCGUACCGGAACCCGGAUCUCGAGGCCAUCAUCAUCAAGGCCACCAGCCACGACGAAACCCACGUCGAUUACAAGAACUUCCAUAGAGUCUACCAAUGGGUUCGCACAUCUCCUCUCUACCUCAAGCCCCUCCUUUGGGCUCUCUCUACCCGCAUGGCCAAGACUCGCUCUUGGGUUGUCGCUCUCAAAGGCCUCAUGCUCAUGCACGGCGUUUUCUGUUGCAAAAUCCCAUCCGUUCAGAAGAUUGGCAGGCUGCCUUUUGAUCUCUCCAAUUUCUCCGACGGCCAUUCCAAGUCCGCCAAAAUAUGGGCUUGUGAUCCCCUGGUUCGCGCCUAUUUUACAUAUUUGGACCAAAGAUCCGCCUUUUUUAGUACGUUGGUGAUCAAGAAGAACAAGGGCGAUCAGGAGGAGCCUGCAUUGUUGGAAGAGCUCGGGAGAUUGCAAAAGUGGCAAUCUUUGCUUGACAUCCUUCUUCAGAUCAAACCAGAGCUGAACUUGACGAUCAGCACUCAUAACAACAACAACAGCAACACCACCACCAACAACAAGGUUUAUCUCAUUUCCGAAGCCAUGAUUUGUUUGCUCACAGAGAUCUUCGACGUGUAUAGCAGGGUUUGCAAAGGGAUCGCCCGAACGCUUUUGAAGAUAUACGCGGCUCCUGGCAAGCAACAGGCACAGCUAGCGCUUGGGGUUGUUCAGAAGGCAGCAGUUCAAGGAGAGGAUCUCUCCUUGUACCUUGAAUUUUGCACGGAAUUGGGCAUCCUCAGCGCCACGGAUUGUCCUAAAGUUGAGCAGAUUCCGGAAGAAGAUAUUAGAGACCUCCAACGGAUAAUCAAUGAAGCUUCAGUGAGAAACGAAAACAGAGACGUGAAAAAUGGUGUUGUCGAUCAUGCACAGGAGGAGGAGGAGGAGGACAAGGCCAUUGUGAUGAUGAGACAAAGAGAAAGCAGCAGGGGUAGAAAUAAAAUACUGGUUUAUGAUCAGCAGCAAACGGCAUCAAAGAGGGCCUUCCAGACAAUCAUCACAGACAAAUGGGAGGUGUUUGAAGAAGAUUUGAUCAGCUGGGUCAGCGUAGAUACGACUGGUUUCUCUGAUGUGAGCGGCAAUAUCACUAUUACAACAAGUACGCCGAGUAGUGCUGUGGGUGCACAAUACAGAAACCCUUUUGCUGCAGCCUCUUCAAAUAUGAUGAUACCUUAUAAUGCACCUGCACAUAACCAAGUUCUUCCAGAUUUGAUUAGUUUCUGACGAUUUGUUGUUGUUGGAUUAAUAUUGAAAAGUUUCAUUCCCUUGUUCCCCAGCAGCAGCCUUGUCAAUACCUGCAGCUCAAUCUCUCCCAAUUUUUGUGGAUCUUAUAUCCUCCCCCUUGGGCCUCUUACUUAUUAAUUAAUUAUCAAUAGAUGAAUUCUAACUUGAUUUCUUCCUGACCCUUUUUUCUGCAUUCUCCAUUCUUCCUUUUCUGUUUUAUCUCGAGUCUUAAGUUAAUCAUCAUAUUGAUAUAUUAUCUGCAGACUGCAGGUAAGGUAACAUACACAAAGUCCUGUAGAUCAUAUAUAAUAUGUAUUUCCAUAACACAACAGGAAAUCACUCUGCCAGAGAAUUGUUUAAUCGGACAGACAUUACAAAUUUGUAACAAUUAGACUCAAUGAACUAGUGUUUUUUUUUUCU